AUGGACACUUCCAUAGAUCAAUCCGUCCUGGCCUCUCUCGCCGACACCCCCUACGCCUGCUCCUCCCUCCACCAACUAAGCGGCGGCACCGCCAACUUCGUCUACAGAGGCCUUCUCUCCAAACCACUGGCGGACGGCACCACCGCCGUCGUGAUCAAACAUACAGAGGACUUUGUCGCGUCUAACCGCGCCUUCAAAAUCCCCGCCGACCGCUGCGUACCUCCCCUCCCUCUCCUUCCAACCCUCAAGCAAGUGUCUCGGCUAACGGCAGCAGAAAUCCGAAACCGCCAUCCUGUCCGCGCUGAACGCCUUCCCCGCACAGACUACUGA